AUGGAUCACAUGAUGGCCACUGUCGGGGCAGCAGUUGCUACAGCAGAUUACGGCAUCGUUAAUUUUGGUCUUUUUGUGGGCAUUAGCCGCACAAUGCACAUGCAACGAUGGAAACGUAUCAAUAAAACUACUACGAUUGUAAUUGGCACCUAUGGACGUAACGUUAAUAAAACGGAAGGAGUAAGCGGGGAACAAGUAGCCACAAUCCUAGUCCAAUCUACAAUCCGUAGGCUGGAAGGUACAGUAGAUGCUGGUACCCUUGGAACACGGAGUACAAAAUGGAAACGUAUCAAUAAAACUACUACGAUUGUAAUUGGCGCCUAUGGACGUAACGUUAACAAAACGGAAGAAGUAAGCGGGGAACAAGUAGCUACGGUCCAAUCUACAAUCCGUAGGCUGGAAGGUACGGUAGAUGCUGGUACCCUUAGGACACGGAGUACAAAGUAA